AUGGCUACCAACGUCCAAACUAGCCGGCCCGGGUCGCCUCAGGACAAGGUCGCUGUCAACCAGAUGGAGCACGUUUUCACUACUGAUGACCCGGCGCUCAUGAAGCAACCGGUCAUCGAGAAAGUGGACGAGUUCGGAGCUCACACCAAGACUGAUCCCAAGGAGAUUGCCCUGGUGAAGAAGAUUGAUUGGUACAUCUUGCCGAUUCUCUGGGUCAUGUACUUCCUCAACUUCUUGGACCGAAACGCCAUGAUCAACGGCAAGUUGAAUGGCCUCCACAAGGACUUGAACUUGAAGGGAACGCAAUACAACACCUGCGUGUCGAUUCUUUUCGUCGGCUACCUAUGUGGCCAAGUUCCAUCGAACAUGAUUCUCAACAGAGUCCGCCCUUCAUAUUACAUGGCCGGGUUCAUGAUGGCAUGGUCCGUCGUCAGUCUAUUGACCUACAAGUGCCAUGACUUCGCGACCAUGCUGGUCUGCCGCUUCCUUCUUGGAAUUACCGAAGCUCCUUUCUACCCAGGCGCUCUUUACAUGCUUUCCAUGUUCUACACUCGCAAGGAAGUGUCUUCUCGUAUGGCCAUCUUCUACACUGGAAACAUGGCCGCCAGUGCUUUCUCUGGUCUUAUUGCAGCUCCCAUCUUCUCCGAGAUGCACGGUAUGCGAGGUCUCCACGGCUGGCAGUGGCUCUUCAUCAUUCAAGGCGCUAUUUCCAUCCUCGUCGCUUUCUUCGCCUUCUUCCUUCUGCCCGACAGCCCCCUCAAGACCCGCUGGUUGACUGAGGAGGAACGCCAGCUGGCCCAUACCCGAAUCUACAACGACACCACCGACCGUCGCGAGGGAACAUCUGUCUGGACGGGCCUCAAAGAGGCUUGCAUGGACUGGCGUACGUGGGUUUUCUGCCUCAUGGACAACCUCCAUUUGUCUGCCAACGGCUUUAAGAAUUUCCUCCCUACCGUGGUAGGGACCCUGGAGUUCAACACCACAAUCACCCUCGUUCUCACCUGCCCGCCUUACGUCUUCUCGGCCUUCUUCUCAGUCCUAGUGCCGUGGUCAUCGGGCAAAUUCAACGAGCGUACUUGGCACAUUACUAUUAGCAAGCUCAUCGUUUGCUUGGGCUUUGUUAUGUCCGUCGCAUCCCUCAACAUGGGUGUCCGAUAUACCGGUAUCAUGCUUUUCGUUGGCGCCACAUACGGCGUCAACAACUUGAUUCUGGGAUGGACUUCGUCCGUCCUUGGCCAGACCGACGAGAAGAAGGCUGUCGCGAUCGCCAUGGCAAACACGCUUGGAAACGCUGCUAGUAUCUACACUCCUUACCUAUGGCCCGAUUCCGACUCCCCUCGAUUCCUCACUGCCAUGUGCUCCAGCAUUGCUUUCUCCCUAGGCGUCGUGAUCUGCGCCUGGUUCAUGAGAUGGGCUCUGAUCCGCACUAACGCGAAGAAGAGACGGGAAGACCCCAAUGCCACCAACUUCUAUGUCUACUAA